UUGGGUUAGACCUAAUAUACACACGUCCAACCACUAAACCCAACAACAAAAACAAAUUAAAAAUCACAUAUUGAUUUAUAUAUAUUCAUAUGCAAUGGAUAGAACGUGACAUCGUUAUUCCCACUCCGUCUUCUCUUCAUUAAAGAUUUCCUCUUUUUAGUAGUCGAACAAAUUGGGAUCGUAUGGGUUUCGAUUCUGAAGAGAGGAAAACUUUAUUGUAUGCUGAUUUAUUCAAGCUAAAAGAAACUCGGGAAAGCAUCAUGCCGCAAUGGAGGAGUCCGAGUUCGUCUGCUUCUGACAGCGACGACGAGGCCGAUUUUGCCGCCGAGUUGAGUCGCCAAAUGGCCGAGUGCAUGCUUCAAGAAGAAGAGGCCGAAGUUCAUACUACUAAGUUGAAGGAUCAAUCGGGUGUUGGGGAUUAUAUUGGUGUUUCGAGAGGAAGAAGGGUUAAGGGAGCUGAGUUGACUCAGCAGAUACGGACACGAAAACCAGAGGUGAAUUAUGGUCGAUACAGAGAUGGUAGGUGGAGAAAUGGGUCGGGAACGAAGGGGCAUAGUGGUUCGGGCAUGCGGGCCAUCUUUCUUGGUGGACCCGGGUCGAGAAAUGCACCAUCCGGAACCGGUGUCUUCUUGCCUCGAGUGACUAACAACCCGGUUCACCAAAAUAAGAAAUCAGGUCUAUCGACGGUUCUGAUUCCGACGAGGGUUCUCGAAGCUCUCGAGCUUCACUUUACAAAGUUUCCAGAUUCCGCCAUCCCACUAUCGAUGUCCGCAUCUACCAAUCACUCUUCACCUAGAGAUGAAAGGAUGAGAUCGGAAGGACAGGGGGAUAAUCAUACAAUGUUUGAAGUGGAGCCACCAAACAAAAUUGAUGCGAUGCAAAUACUACCCCAAGAAUGGACUUAUUGAGAAGAUUGAUAUUUCAUCAAUUAUAUCAUUAUAUUUUAAUUUGAAGAAAAAUACAGUAGUUUGCAUAUAUAAUCCCAAAGAAUAUCUAAGUAGCCAACAAAUAUUAGCAAUGACUCUUUGGGUUUGUUGUUUCAUCACAUGUAUAGUAGUAGGAAUGCAAUCCCAAACUAAAAAUAAGAAUUAAGCAGUCAAAAUUGCACCAUCAUA